AUGCCCCGUAGAGAAAAUUGCCAAACACCUGGUACUAGUAGUAGUCGUCCAGGCAAAACCAGUUAUGCUAGAGGAACUACUGACAGUACAGGUCCUAAUAAUGGUAGAGAGACCAAUGAUAUUAGUGGUCCUACUGAUGCUCGAGGGACCAAUGUGACUGGAUGGAGCGAUCCAUUUUCUUCUUCGAUAAGUUACGGUAAAUUCAAGGAGAAAAUGUAUACAAGAGAAGACAUCGAGGAUCAUAGUCAUUAUAUAUCUAUGGCUGGCACACCAGGCGGGGAGUUACAUGUGGGAAAGUUUUUUAGAGACAAAGAGCAUUUAAAGAUGGUUUUUGGCCUGUAUGCAAUGAAGAAAGGGUUUGACUACUACGUUAGGAAGUCCGGUACUGAUAUUUGGUAUGUCACAUGUAAGGAUACAGAUUGUGGGUGGAGAUUAAGAGCGAAGAAGAACGUACUUUCUAACAUGUUUGAGGUGAGUACAAUUCAUAAUGUACAUACAUGUUCCCUUGAUCUUCGAGGAAAAGAUAACCGUCAAGCAUCACCUGUAAUAGUUGACGAUCUAAUUAAGGAUAAGGUCGCAACUGAAGGCUCGGAUCAGUUGCCCUCUGAUAUAAGAAAAAGUAUGCACAAGGAUUACGGUAUCCAAAUGAGUUAUGGAAAGGCAUGGAGGUGCAGAGAGAAGGCACUACACCUAGCUCGGGGUACACCUGAAGAUUCGUACUCGAAAUUACCUAGUUACUUGCACAUGCUACAGUUGCGGAAUCCAGGUACCAUCACAGAUUUUGUGGUAGAAGAUGGUCGCUUCAAGUAUUGUUUCUUCUCUCUGGGUCCUUCUAUUCGGGGGUUUAGAUUUUGUCGGCCUGUUGUGUGCAUUGAUGGGUCUUUCUUGAAGACUAGGCAUCAAAGCAAUAUUCGUGCUUUGGAUAUCGUGUUCCCUGUUGCACACCACGGUGCAUGCAACCACAACAUUAUUAUGAACGUCAACCACAAGUUCAAGACUGACGUCUUCACGAAUCACAUUUACACGUGUGCCUACACGUAUUCAAGAUCAGAGUUUCACAGAGAAUUUGAGAACAUUCGGGCCAUGAAUCCAGCGGUUGCACAAUAUCUUGAGGAAAUUGGAUUUGAAAAAUGGGUCCGGUCGUACUUUCUAGGGGUACGUUACAGUGUAAUGACGAGCAACUGGGCUGAGAGCUUCAACAACACAACUAAGGAUGCAAGAGGCUUCCUGAUCACUGCUGCUGUAGCAUUCCUGAGGUCCAAAGUCUAG